GUCACUAAGAAAACACAAGUAACAGCUGUCACGGCAUAAUAGAAACUGCUACUUGGAAUCUUCAGUCUCAAACUCAGAGGCCAAAUAUUAUCCAUAACAAUAGCUUUACUGGUGUUACGGUCAAGGUAGACUUACUAAAGGUAUGUCGAAGAAUCUUGCAGUGAUCAGGGACACUAGACCUUUGCCAUGCACAGCAGUGUAGAUAUUCAGGGUUCACCCCAACGAGCCAAAGGACAAAUGGGUAUUGAAUCCUAUUUUAAGAGUCCCAAGGCAAUGUCUUCAAAGAAUGUUGAAGAGAAGGAUAAUCUGUUGGGCUAUGUUAAAAAAGUACCCGGAAUUCUAGGGAUAAAAACUCAAAUUGAAACGGAACCCCAAGAUAAUCCUGCCUGUGUUGAGACAAGUGAAAUUUUAGCAAAGGCAUCAAUACAUAAGGAAGGUGAAGAUAAUAAAGGAUGUGAUGUAAAUGAAAAUGUUCCUAAAAAUAACAAGAAAAAGAGAAAUGGGAUCCGGAGGAAAAACAGUAAAGGAAAUAAAGGAGAAAAAAUAGAGAAACUUAAUGAUAAUGUAGAGGUGCCAGUUGAUGAUAAUACAGUAGUCCCAGUUGAAAUGUGUGAAGAACAGAAUCCUAGUAUAGAAUCAACAAAUUUAGAAGCAACACAUCCAGAAAUUAAGGAGUCAGAUGUCAGCAAAUUAAAUAAAAUCCAGGAACAAUCACAGCUCGGCAAAACACACUCAGAAACGUCAUUGAACGGUGACUUAAAAUUGCCCGAGUUAAGUAAAAAGGAAAAGAAUAUUUUUGCCUUUAUGAUGGCUAGCAGAGGUAAUCAGAAUGGUCUAGAUGAAAUGACUGACCAGGAAGAGUGUACUAAGAUUAAAAAUCCCACAGCAGAUAAAAUUCCUAUUCAGAGUUCAUGCAAGAAUAAAGAACUUGUUGAAAUUCUUAUUGAAAUUAAUGUAGAUGGGGAUCCAAGUACUGAAGCCAAUGCUUGUGGUCUAAUUGCUGUAUCAGAUGAUGGUGGAGGUGUGAAUAAUGAUGCCCAGGUCUUAAAGGAGUGUAAAAGUUUGUCUCAUGUCAGCGGCAAUGUGUUUGCUUUCAUGAUGGCAAAUCGUCAAAAACAGGAGAAGUUGUUAGCUAAAAACGAAAAUUCCCAGGAGGACUCUGCAGGCCUUGUACCAGACGCACAUCCCAAAGGCCAGGAAAAGGGUAAGCAAAAUGCCCUCGCCGAUCCAGACACCAGCGGUAAAGGCAAAGUGGUAACUCGGAAAAGGAAGCAUAAGAAAGACGAUCUCGAUGAUUCUCUUCGGGAUUUUGAUUUAUCGCCCGAUAAAAGCAUCAAGAAAACGAGGAAACGCUUGAAGAAAUCCAAAAAUGCAUCAGAGCAAACUAUUAAAAAACAAACUGAUCAAGAAAUGUUACACGAUGAACUGGAAACUUCAACUAGGGAAGACACAUCUACAAAUAGCAAUCCGGUGUUGACAGUUCUAGACUCAACAGGUUAUACUGAGAAGACUUACUGUGUGGAUUCAAAUGAGCUGGAAAUAGCACCAUCUUGCAUAUCGGUUUCCUUUGCAGACUAUAUAAAAGAAGCCUCAGAAAGACUCGGAGAUAAUAAUAUGAAAGAUGUAAUAAAUGCAAAAGACAGUGGUAUGGAAAGUGAAACAAGGCAAUUAGUUGCCAAAGAUAUUAACCAUAAACCUGAUAAUAACAUCAUUGAUAAACCUAAAAAGAUGAAGAAAGGGAAAGAUGAGAUAAUUGAUAAUACUGAGAACAUUCAUAUUAAAAAGAAUAAAAAAAAGAAUUUAAGCACAGAUACACAAAAUAUUCCUCAAGGCAACUCGAAAACUCAGGUUGUGGGUAAACGCCAGAGGAGGAAAUUGAGAAAAAGAGUUCAGUGUACACUCGAUUCAGAUGAUGACUUUGAGGUGUCUGAAGUUACGACUGUCUCGUGUGAGAAGAGGAAAGACCGCCGUCGCCAACGCCAUCCACCAGAUACAACAGAAGAAACGGGGAAUUCAUGUACUCUGGAGGGUGUACUUGUAGAGCCCUCCAAGAAGAAUAUUUCAAAUUUCUUUCAAAAGCUAAGCCAGAAGGAGAAGGCAGCUGAAAGACAAAGAAAUAUAUUCACGGUUAAGGCAGAUGUACAUGCCCCUUAUGAUGGACCGAAGGCAAAAGCCACCGUGGAAAGCAAAGGUGUUGAAAGUAGCGACUGUGAUAGGCACCAAUUGAAAACCACAGUCGUCGAUAAAGAAAACGUCAUCGAGAAUUGCACCGAGGGAAGCAAUCGAAGGUUGAGUAAGAGAUUAAAGAAGAAACAAGAGAUAGAAGAUUUAAAUAAGAUUGAAUUACUGGAACAGAUUACCAUCGCAGUCUCGCCAAAGAAGCGUCAAGGCAACUCGCUGACGAUCGACGUUAUCACAGUUACCGAAGAGCAGCAGAAUCAGUCGGGUCAAGAAAGUGGUGCAUCAGGCAGUCGUGGGGAAUCAGACACUGCUGCUUGUAAAGAGAAGAAGAAGAUAAAAAAUGCAUUAGAUACGACUCCAAGGAAAGUGUUGAAGACGUCUCAGGAUCAAAAUGUUAUAAAGGUGAAUAACUCAGAUGUGUCAGAUUCUGGCCUAGUUUCUGAGAACAACGUGAAAAGAAGGUUAAGAUUAAGCUCAUCCAAGAAGCGAGAGAAACUUCUGCACAGCGACAUAAUUACUAAAGUUGAAAACAGUGGAGAAGAAUCAGUUAUGAGGAGAUCCUUGAGGCAAAAGAAACCAAAAUUACUGGGACUAGAGGGAGAGACUUCUUCUAAGACAAGCACCACCAAGAGUCUUAAAACUAGUCAGAUUCAGAUCUCAGACGAGUCAUCGCCAUCAGCGGAAUCUAACUGUGACAUAAGCUCGGGUUCACUUUUGGAAACUGACGUAACAGGAAUCGAGUAUUCUUCACCUGAACUGAAUGAGGGUGAUAAGGAGAACAGUAUCGUGUACACCUCGACUUUCAUCCAUAAAUCUGACAAGCUCCGUUUAAGGAUAAAAAGAAUCAAUACUGGGAAAACUAAAUCCUUGAACGUCAAGCAAAAUAGCCAACUUCAGAAGAAUUCAGCCCAAAAGAAAGCCAAAAAGCUGUUACAAAAGGCCAAGGGACCCAAAAAUAGCCCCAAAACUAAAAAACUUCGUGGGAAAAAGAAAAAAGCUGUCCUGGUGAACGCAGCUGACGGUGCGAGCAAGGAGAACGUCGUACUGGUAAACAUGGCUAUGGUCGAACCUGACUUAGUUGUGGUUGAACACAGUCCACCCAAGAAUACUAAGAAAAAAAAGUCAACCCAGGCAUUGCUUAAGCCACUUAGACUGAGUACAGCCCCAAGUAAACAAAACCUCAAGAAGGGAAAACCUGCUUCCCAAAAUUCAAAGAAGAAAAUAAAAAAAGUAACAGCGACUAAUGAUCGAACUACAAAUAACACCAAGAAAACUAUAAAGGAACAGAAGCACGCAGAAAACAAAAAGAUAAACAAAAACAACAAAAAACAAAUGCCCGCUAAAGAAACAAAACUGGCACCAAUAUUUUGCAAGAAACCUAAGUCACCGCCGUGUAUAGAGGUGGUGAAGGUUGUGUCGCUGUCUCCGGCUAAACUGAAGGCCCGUCGAGACUUCCUAAAAUCUGGCAUCCCUGACGAGCUCAAGAAGCAGGUGUCUACAGAGAGGAGUCAGGAGGAAGAGCUGAAUAACUGGUCACUGUUCCCUAAAGUUAGUCACGUUCAGCAGAAGAGUGAAGAUGAAGCCAUGUGGAGUCUCACCGUCCCAGAGAUUCCUCUACGAGAUGUUGAUUUCGGGGGUCAUGAUCUGGGUGUGAGACUGGACAAACCCAUUUACGAAUAUGGUAUUAUGUCUUUGUUAGAGAAACCCGACUGCAUUUCGCGAACGUUCCGGGUUCACGUGCCAACUCUCGACUUGCCGGAUAUAGUUUCAGUCUUGGCUAUUAUGAAACACGAGAACCCAAAGUUUCCCGUCUAUCGUGUUUUCAAGUCUUACCACAGCAUGAAAAGAGAUGCUGUCGAAUCAUAUAAAAAGGAAUUGGAGAAGGAGGAGAUAAGUUUGGUUGUCUUGGACGAUGACGAAGACAUGAAAGUAAAGAGAAAGCGUAAGAGAAAGGGCAGAAAUUUGGGGCUGAGCAAAAGCAAGCGAUCAAAACUCGGAGGAAAGCGAGCGGUGGCAGAAGUGACAGAGGAAAAACCGACCAUUCCACCGUGGCAAGAGAGAACUCCUCACUCGUGGACCCAAAUAUUUGCUCCUAAAAGUGGCAAACAAGUUAUAGGAAACAGAGGACAUGUGAAGCAGCUCAGGACAUGGCUACAAGAGUGGAAGAGAAAGAGUCAAGUAGAUGCAAAUAAAGAAAAAAAGAAAAAGAAGAAGAUAUCAAGAAAAGGAGACAAUUUUGUGAAAUCUGACGAGUCCAGCAGUUGGGACGAAGAGGAUGACUCCGUAAACACCUACCUUCUCUCUGGACCUCCCGGCAUUGGCAAGACCUCUACAGUGUAUGCCUUAGCUGCUGAACUUGGCUAUAAGGUGCUGGAGGUAAAUGCAUCCUCUCGUAGACCUGGCCGCCAGGUUAUGAGUCAGCUGGCAGAGGCAACACAGUCUCACUCAGUGUCAAGUAGUUCAUCAGCUCACCCUUUGAGUACAGUAGCAUCAAUGUUUGCAGCUAAGAUGUCUGGAUCAACUCUUGGUGCUGUGAAGAAAGCAAUGCCGUCAAGCCUGAAGGAUGCCACUCAAGGAUCUGGGAAAGAUGUAGAGAAGAGGAAGGAUGUCUCUCUUGUCUUGUUUGAGGAUAUCGAUAUCGUGUUUGAGGAGUGGGACGAGGGGUUCAUCUCGGCCGUCAACAGCUUCAUAGCAACGACCAAAAGACCGAUCAUCCUAACAGUUAGUCAUUCAUCACCAGCUGUAUUGUCCAGAAUUAAGGGGAGAUACGAGAAGAUUAAUUUUGUCACCCCACCAGAGGGUAUUAUUGCCCAUCAUUUACAGUUGUUGUGUCUGGCCAAUGGAUAUCACGUGUGUUACAAAGAUCUGGAGAGUCUUGUCCAUAUCAACAAGGGUGACAUCAGACAGUCCUUCCUUGACCUUCAGUUGUUAGCUGUGUCGGGCUCGUCCCAUGACACGUGUCGGUGUGGAACAUCUGAGAUGAUGAAUGUAUCAAGUACUGAAUGUGACAACAUCCUUGAAGGCUCCAAAAGAAAAGAUUUGAGCAUAGUUGAUAUAUUCCCAGAAGCAACAAACAUUGAGCUUCACAAUGUUAGGCUGUUCACAGCCGGGUUUUGUGGCAAGAUUCAAGCUAAGGCAGCCAUAGAUGAUAGGAUCUUUGACCUAAGACAAGUUGGAAGUGACAGUGUGCCAAAGAUAAGAGGAGAUAUAUCAUGGACACAAAUUGCAAACAAUCUUAGCUUUAUUCUUCCAUUUCCUUUGAGAGAGAAGGAGAAAAAAGUACCAGUAUACCCACUCCAGCCUCAUGAUCCCAAGCUGAAAACAACUCCUCUGUGGCAGCGCAACAGUUGGUUGUCUCUACAUGACGAAGAGGAGGAAGAAGAGUUCACUCAACCAGAAACUGUAGAAAAGGAAGAAGAACCCGUAGAAGAAAUUAAAGUACCACCAAUUGUACAAAAUGCAUCUAAGCUUUCCUUGAAUUCAUUGGUUAAUUUAUAUGACACAUUUACUCAGUUAGAUAUUUUAGAGUCUUCUCAACAAUUGAGUCAUAAUAGAACCCAAAUUAAGGAGUGUGGAUGGUGGGUGCAGCAGCCAACUGCAGGGCUCAGUGAAGACCCAAGAAAUCCUCAUCCACAUUGGACAUCCUAUGAUAAUAUAAACAAUAUAACUCAAGAACUGGGACAAAGGGCAUUGAUUCAAUGCAAUGGAGAAAUCAGCUCCAUUCUUACAGCAGUCACUCCAGAAGAUUGGCCACAGCUGUGCUUGAUUAGUGACAGCAAUUGUCGAAUGCCAAGUCUUUUGCCGCAUUUUUCUCCUAACGACAGUGAAAGAAGUAGUCAGUGGGCUGCCAUGGCAAGUAUAGCUGCUAGUUUACCUCCUGUGAACCAGCUAAGUAGAAGUAUAUCCCUAGAUUACUUCCCCACAAUCAGAAGCUUUAUCCGGCACGAUGAACUCGGCGCAGCACUCAGUAAAAGGCGAAGAGGACGGCGGUACUUGGGCCACUUUACACAGCUGGGUUUCGAUGUAUCAGUAAAAGAUAAGCUAAAAAUGGCAAAUGCAAUGAUCACUUAGUAUGGUGUGUGUAAUUAGGUCUAAAUUUUGUGUUUAGUUUAUUUAUAUAUUAUUUAUUACAGAAGAGACUAAAAUAUUAUUUGGAAUUCUAUUUAAAAGAUAAUUUUAUUCAAUGACCAAAUUUGUUUGUUUAGGAAUGUGUGUUAAUAAAGUGACAAAGUGUGUAGAGUAGUAUUAUUUCAUAUUGUGUCUGUCUAUGCAAGUGCGCUGCAAACCUUUUCUUGUUUUGACGAGGUAAACAAAAAUUGUGCUUAACAAGGCACCCAAAGACAGAAUUUUAUGGGCCAAAUCAAAGGAGGCAACACUACACAGUAUGAAGAUCUUUUAACUAACUUAUAAAUAUAUUUUAAGCAUAUCAUUAACUUUCUUACAGACAGUUGAAACAUGGAGGUGCAUAUAUGGUAACUGGCACCCUUCAGUAUCUAACCUGUUAUACCCCACCUCAUCCUCCAACACACACACACUUGCAGAUCUUGUCGUGCGGCUCAAAUCGUGUCUAUCCCGUCAUUCUCUCUAACUGUUGUAAAUUGUGUCAUUUGUUAUAUUUUCCUCUUCCACAACGGUCCUAAGAUAAAAGUGUCAGUUUGGUUUAUGUUCACAAAACAUUAAACCAUUUAUUCCACGAUUAAAAUAAAUGGGGUUUUAUAUUUCGAAUGGUCAUUUUCUUUGUUGUAGUAGAUGGAAUUUUAAGUGUGUGAAGAUUCAGAGGCUUGUGGCUUGUUUAUUACUCAUGCCUUUCUGAGUGGUAUUAUAAUUAUUUUUACUGUUUAAUGAUCAUAUCCCUUAUGGCUAUGUUGUGGAAGGGAGUACCACAGCAGGACAUCUGUACAGCAGUAAGAAUGAAUGAAGGGAGAAACUCGUAUAUACAGUACAGUCUCUCCUCUACUUACGACAACUCGAACAUACGACGGCCACGGUCGUAUAAAAUAUUUUUCAUAUUACGUAUUUUCGAGUCCCGACGUUAGUGAUCGCUCUGUGUACUGACAAAAUUUUCGUUUGUAAUUCCCUUUAAAAUGGCUGGCAAGUGUAAAAGUGAG